CUGCGGGGGGGGUGGGGGGGCGCCCCCGCGCCCCUGCCUGCGGCUGAGGCCGCGCUUCGCUCCUGUACCCCUAAGGUGCCUCCAUGAAUAACUUAAACGACCCUCCCAACUGGAACAUCCUGCCAAAUCAACGAGGGCCCGGGGACGAAGGCAGCAGAUGGAACUACGCCUUGCUGGUCCCCAUGCUGGGCUUGGCCGCCUUCCGUUGGAUCUGGACCAGAGAAUGUCAAAAAGAAAUAGAAAGAGAAAAAAAAGAAUAUUAUAAAAAACAUUCAUCUUUGCAAAAAGACCUGGAAGCCAGAUACCAUGAUAUAAUCACAGAAAGUCGUCGCACAGUCGCUCACUUGGAGUUGGAGCUUGAAAAAGAACGCAACAGAACCCUGAGUUACCGCGAAGCCCUCGUGUCUCAGAGUCGCAAACUCGUAGAAGAAAGAAGGAUCCUAGAACAGGAGCAGGAGAAGUUAGAGCGAGAGAAACAAGUCCUUUUGCACUCAGGAGCAGCAGGUAGCUUGUACCAAAGUUGCCUGGCAAAGGAAGAAGAGUGGCAAAAGAGAGCCAGUAUUUUACUAAAAGAAUUUGAAGAGGGACUUAAAGAAAGACAGGACAUCUACUGCAGUCUUGUGGUACCCAGGAGCCAGAGACUAGAAAUAGAGAAAAAUCUGCUAGUUAAAGCGGCAACUGAUCCUGUUGCUAUGGCUCUACAUAUGGAAAGUGGCUUAAAAGAUAUUUUCAAACAUGAUAACUACUGUGGUAAUGUGCUGAACAGAAACAAAAGUCAAAAUGGAAGACUUAUGUGGCUGUAUCUGAGACACUGGGAACUUGCUAUUGAACUACAGAAGUUCAAGAGGGCAGAAAAGGCCAUGUUAGGAAAACAAUAAGUGGGGGGAAGUCAUGGGAUUUCAUGUGAUGCGCCACGCAUAGUAGGGACAAUCACAGUUGCAGUCUGAAGCUGUUAAAUUCUCCUACUGUGUAUCCAUUUCUCCUCCUCGUUGCACUUUGUAUUUGCAUGGGACAUGUUCGGUGUUGGUGCCUUUCCUUUCACUGUCUAACAACAGAUGCUCCAGUGAGCUAUGCAUGCUCUUAAACUCUGUGAGUGUGUUUGUAUUGCAGACUGCAGUGUAGUAUAGAGAUACGCCAGCUUCCAUAGUGAUCAGAAGCAGCAAAACAGAACUCCAUUUAGAGUGAUUUACCUAGUUGAUGGUCAUACUCCAUCGACAGAAGAAGUGUGAUUUGUCUCCCCCAAGUGGGGUAGCACAUUGUUCUCCUUAUACCUGAUGUUUUACAUGGUGUCUCAAUGCUAUUUUUUUUUUUUUAAUUUUUUGUUUGUUUGUUUAAGCAAGACUGAUUUUGAGUCAGAUGUUUGGAAGAGACCAUGUUUGAGCAAGGUGGUUGUCACAUAAAUCCUACCUGUAUAUAUACGUACAUUUAUAUAAAUACAUGUAUGUGUGAAUAUGUGUAUAAAUGUAUGUAUUAGCAUUCUCUGGGGGGGAAUAGUAUGAUCAUGUUUCAAAUUAAUCAGUCUUGCAUUGUCUUCCAGCUUAAUAUACAAAUAGUACUUUAUGAAGGAAGCAUCCAAAAGAUACUAAUUAAAAAUAAGACAUAAAGAAACAGGUUGAUGGAAGUCUCAUUGGAGCUAGGAAUCCAUGCUUGAAUACUAGAGAGUGUAUAAAUUCAAAGUUACAUUCUCAUCAUACUGGAGAUAUGUUAAGAAUACUUAUGUUUUUCUCUUAGUCAGGGUCUUGGUUGUAACCCAACAGUGUGCCUCCAUUACAGGCAUCACCGUGCUGCUGCCCCUCCAUCCCAGCACACCGGCUGCUGCCUGGUUAGCUUGCAGGAACAUCUGUGGGUUACAGCCAUUGCACCUGGCUCUGUUCCUUGGACAGGUCCUGUUUGUUAUUCACAGAUAGGAACCUAAAUGCAGCCUGCACUGGUAGCCAGUACCUCCCUCCCUCCCUGUCUCGGUUCUCCCAGAACUGAAGUAUGCUUUUCUGCAACUUUUAAGUUUUGAGCUUAUGGUUCACCACUUCAUAAAAAAAUACCCCAGCGCAUUUCCAUGCUUGAAAUCCCUUAAAACUUUGAGUAUUCUUUGGAUCCUUGUAGCAGUAGGAACCACCUUCUUUUUCAAAUGUGCCAUGUAUUUUGGAGAAUAACUUUUUUUCUUCCUCCUUUCUAAUCCAGCCUUGGACCUCAAAGGGGCAGUAUUUGCCCUUUUGUUUGUAACAUCUGGUCUUCUCUAUUACCUGACUUUGAUUAGUGUUGGUAGGUUGUCAGUUCUUUAAUUAGCGGUUAUUUACUGAUUGCUAGACCUGACAAACACAUUUGCUCUAGGCAAUCAGCUACUCCGUGGCCCAGAAGCACUCCAGUUAAGUGAAUGCCCAUCCAAGUUUAACAAAGAACUCCAGCAGAUACGGGUUUUUCUCUUAUUAUUUCCUUCUGGUUUCAUUUCAGUCUGGGAACAGAAGACAUCAAAUAAAUCUUUUGAGAUAGUGUGCACAACCUAAUCCAGUUACUCAGCCAAAAUAUCUGACAUGAAACAAAAUUCUUAAACAGAAUGUUUCCCAACUGCUCGGUUUUCCAGUUGUGAUUUUGCUCACCUCAGUGGUGCUAACGACACUGUUUUAUUGAUUUAUUAGUCUCUUAUGUACUGAUUUUUUUUUUUUUUUUUACAUAGAAUUGUAGUAGACAGACUGAAAAAAAAAGCAAAGAGAUACUAUCACAAACACCAGAAAGGCCAAAAUUUGUCUGGAUGCCAUGCAUAUGCGGGUUGGGAGAUGAGAAUGCAAUUGAGUUGCUACUCAUGUGUGACAGCCCAAGCCAAGCUGCUGUAGCUGGCCAUAUGCACGUGCCCGAAUUGCCCAGUAGACCAAAUUCAUCUGAACAGCUAAUUACCCUGUGUGUAAUGCCUCCAGGAUGUGGAAAGUGUCUGAGCAGACACCUGUGGCGCAUUUAUUCUGCACGUACAGGCAGUUAAGCAACUCAGCUGACAAACAGCAGCCAGUGAAUCAAUGCCAAGGUAUUUAAGACUCAUGCCUUGCCUUUGUACAUAUUCAUGAGCUCUUAAUAUUAAAAGAUCAAACAUUUUAUGCUUUUUCAGUUUUCUCAUAGUUUGUCACUGACAUCACUCCAAAUGUUUAAGGAAAAUGUAAUCAAGAGGAUAAAAUACUUUUUUCAGUAUAAAUAUGUAAGUUGAAGCAUUCUAUGCUCAACUGUACAGGGUUGGAUGCAAUGUAAUAAAUGUUUGAUACUCGCUUUCACUUCUUUAAAAUCUCACUUAUUUGUACAACUAAUUGUUGAACUAUUGUUCAUGGACACUUUGCAGACCAGUAUAUUAAGACUGAAGAGUUACUUGAGCAGGAUUUUUAAAAGUAUGUAACUGGCAUAGAAGUUACUGGUCCUGUUAGUUUCUAUCAAAACUCAUGUUUGUUGGUUACUUUGAAAACAUUCCCCCUUUGUAGGUUGUUAUGUUGACAGUUCUGUUGAGAGCUUUAUCUUCCCCCACAACUAUUCUGGAUUGGUUAUUUGUUUGGAAAUGCCCAUAUAUAUGUAGAAUGCAAGAAUAAUUUAUUUUCAGAAUAUUUAAUGAACUUUUUUUUUUGAUU